AUGAACAUCGGUGGCGUGGUGUGGAACGAGGAUGACAAAGCGAUUGUUGCUUCAUUACUGGGCAAACGAGCUCUCGAUUACUUGCUAUCGAAUUCGGUACCGAAUGCGAAUCUCCUGAUGACAAUAGGAAGCGACGAGAAUCUGCAGAACAAGCUCUCGGAUCUCGUGGAGAGACCCAACGCCGCGAAUUUCUCAUGGAACUACGCCAUCUUCUGGCAGAUUUCGAGGUCAAAGGCCGGAGAUUUGGUGCUCUGCUGGGGAGACGGAUCCUGCAGAGAGCCCAAAGAAGGAGAGAAGUCAGAGAUCGUGAGGAUUCUAAGCAUGGGAAGAGAGGAAGAGACGCACCAGACGAUGCGGAAGAGCGUAUUGCAGAAGCUCCACGCUCUGUUCGGCGGAUUGGAAGAAGACAACUGUGCUUUAGGGUUAGACAGAGUCACAGACACUGAGAUGUUUCUUCUCGCUUCCAUGUACUUCUCGUUCCCUCGCGGUGAAGGAGGUCCAGGGAAGUCUUUCUCCUCCGGGAAACCGGUUUGGUUAUCCGAUGUGGUCAAUUCCGGUUCUGAUUACUGCGUGAGGUCGUUUCUCGCUAAAUCCGCUGGAAUCCAGACGAUUGUGUUGGUUCCUACUGAUAUUGGUGUGGUUGAGUUGGGCUCUACGAGGUCUUUGCCUGAGAGUGAGGAGUCAAUGUUGUCUAUUAGAUCGCUGUUCUCUAGCAAUUUGCCUCGUCCGGUUAGAAUUGUGACGGCUCCUCCUCCUGCUGCUUUGCCUGAGAAGAAUGAUGAUAACAGAAACGUUAACGCUUCAAAGAUAUUCGGGAAAGAUCUGCAGAAUUCGAGCUUUCUUCUUCAUCAUCAACAGCAGCAGCAGCAGCCACAGCAACAUAGACAGUUCAGAGAGAAGCUUACGGUUAGGAAAAUGGAUGAUAGAGUUCCGAGGAGAUUAGAUGCUUAUCCGAAUAACAACAACGGCCACAAGUAUAUGUUUUCGAAUCCGAGCACCAACAACAACACCAACAGCAAUAGCAACAAUAAUAACAGUCUUCUGAGUCCUGCGUGGAUCCAACCGGAGAUCUACUCGAGGACGGCGAACAAUGUGAAGGAAGUCCCAAGCACGGAGGAUUUCAAGUUUCAAUCUUUGCAGCAAUCGUCAACGCAGAGGCUGCUUCCUCCUGCGCAAAUGCAGAUUGAUUUCUCUGGAGCGAGCUCGAGGGCUUCUGAGAAUAACUCUGACGGAGAAGGAGGAGCUGAUUGGGCUGACGUGGUUGGUGGUGGUGGUGAUGAGUCAGGUAGCAACAGACCGAGAAAGCGAGGAAGGAGGCCUGCGAAUGGGAGAGCGGAAGCUUUGAACCACGUGGAAGCGGAGAGACAACGGCGUGAGAAGCUUAACCAGAGGUUCUACGCUCUGAGAUCAGUUGUUCCCAACAUUUCGAAGAUGGACAAAGCGUCCUUGUUGGGAGACGCUGUUUCUUACAUAAACGAGCUUCACGCCAAGGUCAAGGUGAUGGAAGCGGAUAGAGAGAGGUUAGGGUAUAGCUCAAACCCACCGAUUAGCUUGGAACCGGAGAGUCAUGUUCAGAUGGAAGGGGAAGACGUUACAGUGAGGGUGAACUGUCCGUUGGAGUCUCAUCCGGCUUCUAGAAUCUUCCAUGCGUUUGAAGAGGCUAAAGUAGAAGUGAUAGACUCGAAUCUGGAGAUAUCUCAGGACACAGUGUUCCAUACGUUUGUGAUAAAAUCUGAAGAGCUAACGAAAGAGAAGCUUAUCUCGUCCUUCUCUAGAGAGCAGUCCGGUUCUGUUCAGUCAAGAACAUCGUCAGGUAGAUAG